UGUUGCAUUUAAUCAUGUUAAAUCACAAAUUUGAAUUCACUAAUGUAUAUAAUUUCAAUCCUCAUCCUGAAGUUUUAUUAGCAAAAUAAUCCAUAGAAGAAAAGGGGUAAUUGCUGACAAUUUACUACCACUAUAGCAAACAACCUUACUCAAACGGUAUUUCUUUAAUCUAUAUGUCUGAUCUGCACAUAAAGAAACUAAUUUUAUCAUACAACAGUACACAAAACACAACAAAACCAUCUCUUGGCGGGAGAUGCCCUUGAACUUCCGUUUAGCCCUCGGCCUCGUAUACAUUUUUCGAGUCCUUUAUUCUUAUUGGCUUAAGUGUUGCCAUGGUUUUUGUGACGCUUUUUUGUUUGGAUCCUGACAAUGUGGUUAGAUUCCAAUGCAAGAGCUGUAAACUGGCCGACCACGUAAGUUUGGGAAUUCGAUGGAUAUCAGAAGAUUAUAAGACGAAAAAUAUGGCCUAUUCUGAGCAAGACAGAUCAAAGACACAUGGGUCAAAUAGCAAGCCUGAUACUGCUCCAAGCAGCAGAAGCCGCAGUCGAGCAGACUCGCUUGCAAAACCAAAGAUGUCAAAAGCUGAAUGGUUAACAAGCUAUGGGCAAAAGAUAGUAUGGGGGAAUCAGGAGCCGAUGUGGCCACUAAACCAAGCUGCUUUGAAAGCAAACGCGAGUGAGAGAAUAGAAAUGCUAGCAAAAAGCAAACAGAAUCUGCAGGAAAAUAAUCCAGAAAAAUGUAGUCGACCUGAAUUUCAGUACAGCUGCGGUCGAUCUUCGGUGAUAUGGCAAGUCAGUCCAAAUGCAAUGAAAGGCAGUCCCUCAGAAAGAGUCGACAUUCUGUCGAGACACAAAACUGUUCCCGCGGGAUACCGAGAUGACAGGGCCAAUUACACACUGGGUUGUGGAAGAUCCUCUCCAAUAUGGGAAGUAAGCGACAAGGCGAAAAACGCCGCGGAGAGGGUAGAGGUUUCUCGUUUGGCCGAGCCCAAGAAGACACAUCCUAGCUACAUUCCGUGCAGAGAUGUUCAGUGGCCGGUUUCUGCAAACGCCCGUCGUGGUGACGCAAGCGCGCGGACGGAAAUUUUAGCUCGUCCGAAGGACAGAAGAGAGGGCCAUAUACGAGACCCUAUAUGGUUAGUUAGGAAAUCAACCUUAACUGCUGCUGCUAGUGGGAGAAUCCAGGAAUUGUCCAAACCGAAACAACUACCCGAUGGUUUUGUACCGAAUCGGGACGUUGAAUGGAAAAUCCCGCGCACCGCUCUUAAAACUUUUACAACAGAGCGCAUGAAAUUAUUAUCACAACCUAUUGUCAGAGACGCUAUGGAUCAUGUUCAGUUCAAUCCGGAUGCUUUUAAGGUUCGAGAUUCGGCAAAACGGGCAAAAAUUUCAUCAAGAGUUAAUGAACUUUCCCAACCAGUACAGCGAAGUACUCGACUGAAAGCUUCGUAAGUUAGUAAAAACGAGAUAUAGUUAGAUAUUAGUAUAGAUUUCCUGGAAAGUAUAGCACAAAUGCCAAGCCAAUAUUGGCGAAAUAAAUUUUGAUUAGCAAAUUUAUAUUUAUAAAUAACAAAUAUUUUAACCAUUUUAACGCAUACAUAUCUACUUGAAUUUCACAUUUUUUGCCAUUGUAAAUAACCCUGUAAGACGUUACUUUUUGCUAAUAUUGAAUGAAAAAAUGAAAUUCUGUCUUUAUUUGUUGUUUAACUCCCCAAACAUUUGAUAAGGAGCCAAAGUCAUUAGGUUCUAAAUGCAGCCAGCCUCUCUUUAUAUUCUACCAUCUUUUUUUUGUUAAUUCUCUAAGCUGUACAUGAAUAAAAGAGGGAUACUUACAGCAGAAAUGUAGAGUUCUACAGUUUUCAUUGUUGUUAAGAUGCCGACAGUGAUAAAAGAUAUCACGUUUCAAUACCCCUCUCAACUGAAACACCCUCAGUGGAGGCUCCAGUCUGUAGAAAAUUAUAGGCCUAGGGUAAUGUGAGUAGCCCAUCAAGUUUUUUAGAUAAUGCCAAUCUGCAUUAUUAAAGGAAAAAGUUUUGCUGCCAUGCUUUAAAAAUAAGUUAGUGUUCCCAACAUAUUCCUCUGCAAUUGGACUGGGUAACUUACAGACUGCUCACAAAGUAGCCAAUUAGCUUACUAAGUGGUG